UACAAGAGAAUAGGACGAGACCCCCUCUGGCAGAUCAGCGCUGCAAAAACGAAGGAAGGCGCAGCGGCAAAAGCUCGUCAGGUGAACGGAAUUAUUGCUAGCAAUGGCGGAAGCAAGAACCACCGGGUCUCUCCCCGUGGCCAACGUGCAGGAGCUCGCAGCGGCCUUCAAUGACGGCGGCGUCGAGCGCCAGGUGCCCGAGAGGUACCUCAGCAAGGACCCUAGCGCCGAGGAGGUCGUCGUCGCCGGCGGUGGCGGCGACGACAGCGCUUGCGCGAUUCCGGUGAUCGACCUCCGAAGGUUGAUCGACCCGCGGUCGGAGGAGGAGGAGUGCGCCAAGCUGGCAUCCGCGUGCCACCACUGGGGCUUCUUCCAGCUCAUCAACCAUGGAGUUCCAGAUGAGGUGAUCGGGAACCUGAUGAGCGACGUGGCCGGGUUCUUCAAGCAGCCGCUCGAGGCCAAGAAGGAAUGCUCACAGAAAGCUGACAGCCUUGAGGGCUACGGCCAGGCCUUCGUCGUGUCUGACGAUCAGAAGCUGGACUGGGCUGACAUGCUCUACCUUCAGGUCCAGCCCACCGAGUCCAGGGACAUGCGGUUCUGGCCUACACGCCCUGCAUCCUUCCGGCAGUCCGUAGACGCAUACUCCUCGGAAGCAGCAAAGCUAGCGUACCGGUUGCUGGAGUUCAUGGCCAAGGGCGUGGGCGCCGAGCCGGCGUCGCUGCGCGGCGUGUUCGAGGGGCAGGCCCAGGGCAUGAGGGUGAACUACUACCCGCCGUGCCGGCAGGCGGCGGACCGGGUGCUGGGCCUGACGGCGCACACCGACCCCAACGGCCUGACGCUGCUGCUGCAGAUGAACGACGACGUGCAGGGACUUCAGGUCAAGAAGGACGGCAAGUGGUUCGCCGUGCAGGCCCUCGCCGGCGCCUUCAUCGUCAACGUCGGCGACGCGCUCGAGAUCAUGAGCAACGGAGUGUUCAGAAGCGUUGAGCACAGGGCCGUGAUACACCCGACCAAGGAGCGGAUUUCGGUGGCGCUGUUCCACUACCCGUACCAGGAUCGGAUGCUUGGUCCUCUGCCGGAGUUGGUGAAGAAAGGCGACAGGUUGCAGUACGGACCAACGGAUUACCAGGACUUGUUGAAGCGAUACUUCACGGCGAAGCUUGAUGGGAGGAAGCACCUGGAGAGAUUUAUGUUAGAGCAGUAGUAGCUACGGCUCUGCAUACCGAAAUAAUUACCUCGAAACAAUUCCACCAUGAACUACGUACACUACACGAGGAUAUUGUUGUUUCCCUUCACAAUUUUCUAAAAUGAUUAAGAGCUUUGUACUCAAAUUUAGACAUUUCCAAAGUCACGUGUACCCAUGGAGGCUGUUG